UAGGAUUAUAAAUAUGGAAAGGAGAUGAGAUGGGAGUUACAUAUUCCCGGUAAUCUCUGAGCAUCCUUGCACUGUCAUCUUGGUUCGGUUUCAUCUACAUCACCAUGACUCUUUGGAUCCGCUCCCUACCUCUCCUGCUGCUGCUGGCUGUGUCAGCUCCUACCAUUAGCUACGCCGCUCCCAAUCAGCAUCUAUGUGGCUCUCAUCUGGUGGAAGCCCUCUACCUUGUAUGUGGAGAUCGGGGCUUCUACUAUUCUCCCAGGUCACGACGGAACAUGGAACAGCCGCUAGUGAACGGUCCUUUUCAGAACGAGGUGGAAGUACCACUCCAAGAAUUUCAGAAAUCGAAGAGAGGAAUUGUGGAGCAAUGCUGUGAAAACACCUGCUCUCUCUAUGAGCUAGAGAACUAUUGCAACUAGAAGAAAGAAAAUGGUCUACAAAGGAAUGGAGGGGAAGGCACUUUGCUACUGCACCUUUUAAGUCUCUAAAUAAAAACCCCAUGAAUUUACUUAAA